GAUCAUCGCCAACCCGUUUGACUGUAUGCGGUUUGCUUAUUGGUAGUCAUUUGUUAUGCUCCAUGUUAGCAGAGCACACUGCGACAAGCGAUGCAGUGCCACACAACUCAUUCAAGUCCGUCGCUAAUGUAGCACAAUUACAGAAAGAUCGCCACCGAGUAUGACCAGCGCAAUGCGGAUGCGAUUGUGCAGUUAGAGCGCGGCAUCCAGGAGAGGAUUCCCUUCAUUGGCGUCAAGCAAGAUGCCAGGUUGCUAGACUACGCUUGUGGCACCGGCAUGCUUUCGAGGGUGGGAGUUUCCCCUCCUGGGAGAGAUGAGCUCCGAGACGUUGAAUUGGACUGACAAUGAGUUACAGGUCUUAGCACCGCAUACGAGUGAGGCUAUAGGCAUUGACUUGUCGGAGGAAAUGGUUAAGGUGUACAACGCCCAAGCUCAAAGCCAAGGCUCUUCCCGCCAAGCCUAUCAAGGCAAUCUGGCUGAUCCUAAGGACCCCUCCCCUACAGCCUUUGCUAAUAGCAAGUUCUUCGAUUUCGAAGUUGCAGGCGUGGGGCUCGGAUUCCACCACUUUGACAAGCCUGAUCUAGCUUCCAAGAAAUUGGCUGAGCGCCUCAAACCAGGCGGUGUCCUCUUCAUCAUUGACUUUGUUGCCCAUAAGAUAGACCCCAAGGAUGCCGCCCUGCGUGGUAUAACACAUCAUGGGUUUACUGAGGAUGAGAUCAAGAAGAUGUUUGAGGACGCUGGACUUACAGACUUUGCUUACCAAGAGCUCCCGGAGCCUAUCACAUUCAAGGAUUGUCACAGCCAUGAUCAUGGCCACGGACAUGGGCACAGCCAUGGUCAUAAUCACGAGCACAAUGAGAGCAAUCACGGCGGCAGUGGGGAACAUGGUCAUGGCCAUGGCGAGAAAAAGGGCUCAACUACGACUAAGAGGAUAUUUAUUGCCAGAGCGUCAAAGCCAUAAAAGAGUGUCUACGAGGACUGCUUCGUCUGCCCUUCAACAAUGGACCGUCGAGCAUUAGAGACAAGAUAUGACCUUCAGGUGCAUACCAGAGCAAUCUCAUACGGUGUUGAUAGUUUACACUACGCAAGCUGCCAAUGGCCGUCGUUCCGAUAUUCGGCUUCCCAAAGCUGACACAGAAUGUCUUGUUGAGUAUCAUUACUUGGCUGGAUAGAUAUCAAGACAUACUUACAACUCUGAUUACACAAUAUCCGUCCAACUGGGUGUCUCAUACAUGAUCAAUUAUAAUUCCUAGUAAAUUUGGCAAUCUGAAGCCAUCUACAGCUGUCGGGGCCAAAGCCUGACUGUCCAGGGUACCCAGCUCUCCCAGUACUCAUUAAAGCCCAAUUACAGCCCA